GCCGUGGAAAUCUACUCCAUCUACAUUCACAUUCAAAGUUACAGCUCCGUGUUGAAGGCGGGUGGAAGCCAUUGGAAGAUGGACGCUCUUUUAUCCACCACUCCUCUUAAAAUCUUGUCUCCUUCCUCCUCUUCCUUCAAUCCAAAACCAGCUCUUAGUCUCUUAUCUUCAGUGAGCUCUGCAGCCUUGUGCAAGAAUCGAAUUCGUCGUCGGAUUUCUUCUUUAAGGAUAUUUUCGUCCUCGGAAUCUGCGCCAUCUACGACACAAACCAUUACUUCGGCCUCAGACAUCCCUUUGAAGAUGAAGGCAUGGGUCUAUGAAGAGUACGGGGAUGUCAAUGUCCUGAGGCUAGAUGAAGGGCUUUCCGUGCCGGAGAUCAAAGAGGACCAAGUGCUUGUGAAGGUUCUGGCUGCGGGAAUCAACCCUGUGGAUUUUAAGAGGAGGCAAGGGAAGUUUAAGGCCACUGAUUCUCCAUUACCUACUGUUCCAGGUUAUGAUGUAGCCGGUGUAGUCAUCAAGGUGGGGAGCCAAGUGAAGAACCUUAAGGAAGGAGACGAAGUAUAUGGGGAUAUCAAUGAGAAAGCUUUAGAUAAUCCGAAGCAGUUUGGAUCACUUGCUGAGUACACUGCCGUUGAAGAGAAAUUGCUGGCCAUAAAACCAAAUAAUCUGAACUUCGCUUCGGCAGGAGGGCUACCUCUAGCAAUUGAGACAGCAAAUGAAGGAUUGGAGAAAGCUGGAUUCUCUGCUGGUAAAUCCAUUCUUGUGUUGGGUGGUGCAGGUGGGGUUGGGUCCUUGGUGAUUCAGUUGGCAAAACAUGUUUAUGGUGCAGCAAGAGUUGCUGCCACUUCUAGUACGGGUAAGUUAGAACUACUGAAGAGUUUGGGGGCUGAUUUAGCGAUUGACUACACCAAGGAAAACUUUGAAGAACUGCCAGAAAAAUUUGAUGUGGUAUAUGAUUCUGUUGGGCAAGGCGAGAAGGCAGCCAAAGCAGUGAAAGAAGGCGGAAUUGUGGUGGUGCUCACUGGGCCUGUUUUACCUCCAGGUUUCAGAUUUGUGGUCACUUCCAAUGGAGCUGCAUUAGCGAAGCUAAAUCCGGUUUUGGAGAGUGGGAAGGUUAAGCCAGUUAAUGAUCCAAAAGGUCCGUUCCCGUUCUCAAAGGUUAUUGAUGCAUUUUCAUAUCUUGAAACUGGGAGGGCUACAGGCAAAGUUGUUAUAUAUCCGAUUCCAUGAUGGGUAAUUUUUUACUUUAUUUUUAAGAGGUUUUCUAAUGUUAAGUUGUUUUAUGAAAGAAAAUGGGUUUAGAUUGUAUUUGCAGUUUAAUUUUUAAAAUUAUGAAGUACAAAUGAGUUGCUGUAUGAGAAAGAAAGGGAUGCAUUUUAAUAUUUAUCUAGCCAAAUUAGCCAAGGAAUUCCCAUGGAGCAGUUAUUUUGAUUGGAGAUGUGCACACCUAACUCAAAAAUCUUUAUGCAUUUACAUA